GAGAAUCCCCUCCUCCAAGACUCGUGAGAAAAGGUGGUGGAGAGGAAACCAGGAAAUACCCACAAAAAAUUUUUCUCCAGAGGUAGUCUUCUGUGAAAAAACCUUCCCAGAGGAAGAAGAUGGCCAGCAAAAAAUUAGUUCGUGAUUUGUUUAUCGCAAGACAGCCCCUUUUUCGGCAGCUAUUAGCACCCCAAAUGGUGUGCAGUGGUGCUACAAGAUUGAGGUUAACUACACAAGUAAAUGGGUUUGGGGUUAGGCGUCAGUUCAGCGUAUUUAAUGAGUUCUCUAACAAAAUUAAGGGGGAAGCUAGCAAGAAUCAGGAUUUUCAACAGUCAGUCAAGGAAUUGAAGGAGAAAGCAGAAGAGCUGAAAGGAGUGAAGGAAGACCUGAAAGCUAGAACGAAGCAGACCACUGAGCAGCUUUACAAGCAUGUGGAUGGUGUCUGGACGGAAGCCGAAUCUACAGCUAAAAAGGUAUAUACCGAUGUGGAGGAGAAGAUUUCAGCUGCUAAAGCUGAGGUCAAAGAAUCAUUUGGAUUUAGGAAGGAAGAGUCUUCAGAAUCUACUGGAGCUUCUGAAAAUAUUCAUUCCGAUGGGAAGGACGGAGGUGAAAUGAGAUUUGGAGAGCAAAAGCAGCAAGAGCAACAUCAGCAAUCUGGCCCUAGUGACAAUGCAGGAGCCUUCUUUGACAAGUUUAAGUCUGGUGUUUCUUCUGUUUCUGCGAAGGCAUCAAUGGCAUUCCAGAAAGUAAAGGAAGCUAAGCCUAUUGAUAUUGUAAAGAAGGGUUAUGAUAUUGUCAAGGAUGAGUUGCAAGGAAAUGCCGUUAAGAGAAAGCACCUUGAGCAUUCUCCCCAAACAGCAGACCCUUCAAUCAAGGUUGGAAAGAGCACUAGGACUGAUCUUGUGAUCUUACCCUCUAAGCAGUCCAAAUGGGGCAAGAAAUGGGACACAUUCAUGGAGAAGAUGCGCGGUCAUCCAUUAUACAAACGCGUCAGAGGGAUGAGCGAACCAGUUGUCACGAAGAGCCAAGAGAUUGCAGAGGAUGUAAGGGAGAGAUGGGAUACCAGUGAUCAUCCUGUUGUCCACAAAAUCCAGGAUCUAAAUGAAACUGUUUUUGGAGAAACAGAUACUGCAAUGUCAUUCAAGGAGAUACGUCAAAGAGAUCCGUCUUUUUCUCUGCCAGAAUUUGUGUCUGAGGUUCAAGAAGUGGUAAAACCAGUAUUAAAUGCUUAUUUCAAGAAAGAUUUUGAAGUUCUGAAGAAGUAUUGUAGCUCCGAGGUGGUUGAACGUUGCAAGGCUGAGCACAAUGCUUUUGAAAGCCAGGAUAUUUUUUUCGAUCACAAGAUUUUACAUAUAUCAGAUGUGGAGGUUAGAGAGACCAAAAUGAUGGGAGACUCUCCAAUAAUUAUUGUGACUUUCCAAACACAACAAAUCUACUGUGUACGUGAUAGACAUGGUGCAGUGACAGAAGGGGGCAAGGAUACCAUACAUACUGUGUACUAUGCUUGGGCCAUGCUGCAAGUGCCUCCCGAAGAACUUGGAGAAGGUGCCAUUUACCCAAUUUGGAGGCUUAGAGAAAUGCAACAAUUUGGAGUUCAGGCACUCAUCUGAGAUAUCCAGCGUGUUGCUCUGGUAGUAUAAUCUUCUUGGUUACGUUUCGUGGGGAAGGAAAACUUUUUUGGCGUGCCCAAGGGUAGCUGUUUCCCCCCAGAAAAUUGAGGAUCACAGAGGAUGGGAGACGUCCCUUUCUUUUAGAGCUUGAUCUUAGAUAUUUCUUUCAAAAUUUUGCUCGAGUAUGUACUUCACCAUUGAAUGAGUGACUGAUUUUAAUUUAAUAUUACUCAUUGUUGUGAGCUGGAAUUGUUUCUUGGUUAUAGAGUUCCAGGCCUUUUUUUUAGAGAAGGUAUAUUGCGACAA